CGUAUAGUCAGUACUGCGAAUACUUCUCGAAUCAAGUGCUUUAUCAAAAUCCAAGAUAAAAAUUUAUCAUGGUCUUUCCAGGUCCGGAACUCGAAACCUAUGUCUUUAGGACGGCACCGCAAUUAGACGCUGCCUGGCUUGCACAUGAAGAAGAGGCCAAGAAGAAAGGCCCCCCUAGAGUAUUCAGCAGUGUAGAAGAACGGCAACCGAUUUAUGCUCAGGAAUGUCGCGACUUAUAUGCUCAAGUUACGGCGCCUGGAACCCGAGAUCAUGAGCUCUCCCAAGGAGUUACGAAGCAAGAGUUCACUAUUCCCUCUUCUGUGGAUGGGCAUCCAAUCCCUGUCCUUCAGCUGGACCUUACAGGUACCGAAGCUGAGGAGCCGGAGAUUAUCGUCAUAUUUUACCACGGCGGUGGCUUGAGGGUUGGCGAAGCGGAUAGCGAAGAACUAUCGUGCAGGCAUAUUGUCAAGUCAGGCAUUGCCAGGAUUCGACUUUACUCGGUGGGAUAUCGCCUACUGCCUCAGAAUCCAGCUACCGUGUGUCUUUCUGACAGCUUGGAUGGAUUUCAUAAACUCCACAAUCCAAAGAUAAGAACUAUCGUUAUUGGAAGCUCGAGUGGUGGACAGAUGGCAUCUGCAGUGGCGCAAGCAGCUCCUCAGGGUACCAUUCACGGACUGCUACUGAGGUGUCCAGUCACAGCGGACAGAGCCAGUGGCGAGGAAUUUGUACCUGAAAAGUUACGUCCGUAUCACACAAGCGUGUCUGGAACGUUUAUCACAUCAUUGGGUGGAUAUUUACAACGGAACAAACCUAGGGAUGGCCUUGAGAAACUACCUCUUGAGGUUUCGGAAGAUGAGCUGAAGGGACACCCUCGUACUUGGAUUCAGCUGACUUCGAACGACCCCCUAUACUCGGAUGGGCUAUGCUAUGCCAUGAUUCUUAGGGAAGCAGGUAUCGAUGUCAAGGUUCAAGUGGAGGUGGGCUGGCCGCAUACCUUUUGGCUCAAGGCUCCUCACCUUGAUCAUGCCUUGACUUGCGAGAAACAUAUGCUGGACGGAUUUCGAUGGCUUCUCAAGUAGAAGAAGAUAGAUCGGAACACGGCAUGACUUUUCCGUUGCUUCCUAGCAUAUGAUAUUUUGAUCUGUUUUAUUAUUGUUCUCUCCAUUGCCACUUCUACCACCACAACAUGACCCAGUUAGCCCUUCAAACCCUCCAAUAUAGCAAGACAGUAAAAAAAAAAGGAAACAUAAUCCUUUAAGUGCAA